UAGCAGCCAUUCAGCGGCGGUGGCUGAAGCGAUUGGACUGCGAGCGUCUCUCCCUGCACUUUCUGUGGAAUUUGAAUUAUUUCGGCACGGCACGGUUCGUGAUACAUAGGUGACGGCAUUAGCGGGGCGUCUUCUGGGUCGCAGCGGUGAUCACAGGGAGCUCAGCGAUGAAUAAGCUACGGCAGAGCUUCCGCCGGAAGAAAGACGUCUACGUGCCGGAGUCCAGUCGGCCGCACCAGUGGCAGACAGACGAGGAGGCGGUCCGCAGCGGCAAAUGCAGCUUUGCAGUCAAGUACCUGGGACACGUGGAGGUGGAGGAGUCCAGGGGGAUGCACAUCUGCGAGGAUGCAGUGAAGCGGCUGAAGACGGACAGGAAAUUCUUCAAAGGAUUCUUUGCAAAAGCUGGGAAGAAGCCGGUGCGGGCUGUGUUGUGGGUGUCGGCAGAUGGUCUUCGUGUUGUAGACGACAAAACAAAGGACCUGAUCCUGGACCAGACAAUAGAGAAGGUGUCGUUCUGCGCUCCGGACCGGAACUUUGAGAGGGCGUUCUCCUACAUCUGCAGGGACGGCACCACGCGACGCUGGAUCUGCCAUUGUUUUAUGGCCAUCAAAGACUCAGGAGAGCGCCUCAGUCACGCUGUGGGCUGCGCCUUCGCCGCCUGUCUGGAACGAAAACAGAAGCGGGAGAAGGAGUGUGGGGUCACGGCGACCUUUGACGCCAACAGAACCACUUUCACCCGCGAGGGCUCAUUUCGUGUUACUACGGCAACAGAGGCGGCAGAGCGGGAGGAAGUCAUGAGGCAGCUACAGGAUGCUAAAAAAGCAGAGACAGAUGUGAAGGUUGCUGGGAACUCAGCCACCAGUGUGACAAACUCCUCAGCACACCAGACAGGAGGUUCACCAUCCCCCUCGUCCUCCCCGCCCCUCUCUGUGUCCGCCCUGGGACCUCAGGCGAUCCCCCGCAGACACGCGCCGGCCGAGGCUCUUGCCAGGCAGGGCUCCUUCAGGGGCUUCCCGGCCCUCAGUCAGAAGACGUCUCCCUUCAAACGACAGCUGUCGCUGCGCAUGAACGAGCUGCCCUCCACCAUGCAGCGCAAGUCCGACUUCCCCAUGAAAAACACAGUACCUGAGGUAGAAGGCGAAGGUGACAGCAUCAGUUCGCUGUGUACCCAGAUCACAACAGCAUUCAGUGGCCCCCCGGAGGACCCCUUCUCCUCGGCACCGAUGCCCAAGCCGGCUUCAUCCCCACAGUCUCCUGUAGCACCAGUGAACGGCACAGCUCCAGCCUUCUCCGUUGCCGUUGCCGCUGCUGCUGUUGCUACUGCUAACCCCCCAGUUCUGGCCCCCGCUCUGCCUGCUCGAGAAACUAACCCCUGGGCUAAGACCCCAGCAGGGGCCCCGGCCUCAGCACAGCCAGGAAGUGACUGGUCAUCACCUACUCCAGUGAUAGUAGUCCCCCCCUCAUCCUCCCCAGCUAUACCCUCCCACAAACGCACGCCAUCAGAAGCGGACCGGUGGUUAGACGAAGUCACCAAGUCUGUCCGAGCUCCGCAGCCUAAUCCGAUCAUGGCAGCGGCAUCGCCCCCCACCCAGCAGUUCACUGCCCCCGUGCCGAUUCCUGUGGCGCCCGUUCCCUCUGUUCCCUUCAUGUCCUCUCUGCCCCCCGCCGUGCCCAUGUUGCCCCCUCGCCAGCCUGCCUUCCACGCUCAGGCUCCAGCCUCCUACCCAGUGUCCAACGGGCUGCCGUUCCCUCAGCCCAGUGUGCCUGUGGUCGGCAUCACUCCUUCACAGAUGGUGGCUAAUGUGUUCGGCUCAGCCACGCAACCCCAGCCGUUCCCCGUCCCUGCGUCUACGACCCCCCAGCACGAUGUCCAGGCCGUCGGCAGCGUCAGCCCGUUCAUCAAACCCCCGCAGUCCGCGGUCAUGAACCCUGUUCACCUCCAGCCAUCCAAUGGCAGUGUGACCUUUAACGGAGCAGACAGCUGGGCAGCUCCGUCCCAACUCGCUCCAUCCUCCCCAGCCUCCCAGCCGCCCCCACAGCAGCAGGAAGAUGCCUUUGAGGCCCAGUGGGCAGCUUUGGAGAGCCGCUCACGCCAGCGCACCACACCCUCCCCGACGAAUCCCUUCUCCACCGAGCUGCACAAGACCUUCGAGAUCCAGCUCUGAAGCCUGGGCUUGAGAUGAGAACGUACUGGACAAUAAAGAUUUGCUUGAGCAGGUGGGUGAUUGACUACAGAAGAGAGCGACACGUCCUGCCUCUCCUCGUCUCGGUUUCAGCGGACAAGCUCAGCGGGGCUGAAGAGAACUGGCACAGUGGAGAGCAGCAGGUGAAUCAACAGGGAGCGGAGCUCUGCACAGCAGUGAGGGGAGAAAAAAAAAAACAAAACAGGUUGCUGUUAACAAGGGUGCAGCUCCCCAGGCAUUUCAUUAGCAUCGUCUGUAUUGUUUUUCGUUUGUGCUGUGGCGCGCAAGGUCGUCAUUACCCCGUGGAUUAUCCGUGCUGAGCCACAUCCAGCCCCCUUGUCAGCCCCCUCCCACCCACCCACCCACCCAGGUGCGGUUGCUCCCGUCCCCUGCCCUCCUUUUGCUCCGUUUAGCUCCCAGCGCCCCCUGUUGACAGGACGAGACCUCCCUCACCUGGCAGAGGAACUGCAGCACUGAGAGAACUCGGCUUCCAGAUGAGAAGUUCUCGUUAAUAACUUCCCAAUCAGAAGAAGAGUGAGACAAUGCCAAAAUCUUUAUUUUUAUGCAUUAAGUAUAUUUUAAAUAGCUUUGGAAUCUAACAGAAGAGUUGUAAGUAAUCUUGCCAAAGGCACAGGCUAGCUACAAUGAGACAAGUUUAUGUUCGUGUAUACAAGAAAUGACCCUAUAUAUUAUACAUAAAUAUAUAUAUAUCUAUAAAGAAUCUAUACUGUACACACAGCUCACAGCAGUGCUAAUUUUUAAUGUGAUGUAAAGAGAUUUUGUGAAGGGACAGCUGCUUUACCUUUGUGUUUUAUUGUUUUAUUUUUGAAGAAAAAUCUCUUUAUUGCCGUCUAUUGCAUCCUCUGAUUGGAUGUGAAGCAUCUCACUGUAAAUACGGUAUCAUUGCAGCAACAAUCAAUGUGGACCUAGCGAUGGUGGUGGUGCCCAACUGGUUGCCUCUCUUACCUGUGCUCAGUUUUCAAUAUUUUAGUACACAUCAGUACUUAACAUUUUACUCCUUCUGUCUUCAUUGUCAUUCUUUUUGCGUGGUAACGAUCUUGUUUUUUAUUUAACACAUUAGGAUGUGUCAUCUUCUGUUUCUCCACCUCUUGUAUUAUUGUUAUUAUUAUUAUUAUUUUUUUUUUUUUAGUAGUUGAUUUCUAAAUUCUUAUUUUGCACAAGCACUAAACGUAGAUGAUUUGACCUCACAGGUGACCUUGAUCAACAUGGGUUAGUCAGUUGUGGUGCUGCAGUAGCUGAGAAGCUGCGUGCUGACCUGCCCUGACCUCCGUUAGCCUGCUGUGUUCUGACGGUCAGCAGAAAACUACAGGGAGAUAAAACGGUUUCAUCUCUCACUGUCUAAUUUCUCUCUUGUCAUGUUUUUUUUUUUUUUUUUU